AUGGAGAAUCAGAACUCGAAAAAGCGGGAUUGGGACGACUUGGCCGACUCGGAGGUCGGUUUGCCGGAGGUGAAGCGGCUUAGAGAUGACCUUCUAGGUUUUCUCGACGAGUCCAAUCUAGAACCGGCGACUCCCGAUCUCGACUCGUUGAUGAGGAGUUUCGAGGAAGAAAUUGCUACUGCGUCGUCUUCUCCGGUGCCGGUGGUGGAUUUAACGGCGGAUUCCGGUGAGUCUCAGCCGGAGUUAGGCUACCUCUUGGAAGCCUCCGACGACGAGCUUGGUCUACCGCCUUCAGUUACUUCGAAUAGCCAACAGGAGUUUGACGAAGCGACCGAGUUUGCUCGAGUAACGACCGAUUCGUCUGAGACCAGUGAGAUAUGGAGGUUUGAGGAUCAGAUCCCGAACUACGACGCUUUCGAACUCGAAGCCGGAGAUAUGUUCAGCGGCAGCGGCAACGGCAGCGACGCGGCCGAGUAUGUAGGUUUGGAUGGGCUGUUGGAGUAUUCGAAUUUGUGUUCUGAUGCGUUGGAUAACUCGGAUUUUCUCUGGCGGCAAGAAUCUCUGCCGGCUCAAUAG